GUUGGCAAAGGAGCGAAGCGAUACAAAAAAGUGCACCUCACAGCCGAUGACUGCGAAGCUCUCGCACAGAGCGCAGAAGGUUCGUCCUCCCUGACGCAGCCGUUGAGUCAAAGACAAAGUAGAAGAGAUGUAAACAGGGGCCUCCAUCCCACCCACUGGACACGGAGACAUCAAGGAGGCCAAGGUCAGCAGAAGAACCUCACUGAUUACUUCAGGAUCUCUCAGACAAAAAAAGUAGGUGCUGGUGGGAUGAAGAAUAGUAAAAUCAAAGAAGAGCUACUGGAUCCCAUCUUCAGUGAAGGUGAUGAUGCCUUUAGCAAUGUCUCCCCUGUGAUGGAGAUCAACGGUGAUUCUUGCUCCUUUCUGGAGGAUGAGGACCUUGUACCAGCUGCCAGGGAAAGCUCCAGAAAACGUCCUCUCUCCUGUGCAGCUGCGGACGUUCACAAGCGAAAGCACAAUUUGUGGGGUGAGCCUGAGAAGCAGCCAAUGGUGGUUCAUCCAGAACACAGCCAGAUCAAGCAGGAACUCGAUGAUAUGGAAAUUGAACCAGUCCCUGAUGCACACUACGGACUCCUGGGGACUCGGAACUGGGAAGUGCCUCAGGGAAGUAUUGACAAGCUGCCUGUUGAAGUUCUUAGGAACAUCUUUGCCUUCCUACCAGUGACUGAUCUGUAUCAGAACCUGAGCCUGGUGUGCCGCUGCUGGAGGGAGAUAGUCAGUGAUCCACUGUUCAUUCCUUGGAAGAAGCUGUACCAUCGGUACCUAAUGAAGGAGGACACUGCCCUGCACAAAGUUGAACAGGUCUUGCAGGAUUUCACCAUAACAAAGGAGGAGGAAGGAUGUGUGUUGGGGCUGAUCAGGUGCGUGUCUACCAUACCCACCAGACAGAAGGUAGAUCCCGGUGUGGUUCUCUGGUGUUUGAAGAGUCAUCACCUCUUCUCAAAGGCUGAAGUCUGUGUUGUCAACAAACUGUCACAUUUACAGAGCAGGACGGAGCCUGAGAAGAUGUGGGCCAUAAUUGCAGUCAUGGUGCUUUUCUCCGACGGCGUCAGCGACAUCCAAAAGCUGAUGGCAUGUCUGCAACAACCCUGCUCUACCCUCUGUGUUGUGGACGUUACUGAGACCCUUUACUGCAUAGCGACGCUGCUCUAUGCCAUGAGAGACAAGAACAUUGCAAUCACUAACAGGAUCCAUUACAAUAUUUUCUACUGCUUGUACCUGAUGGAAAAUGCUUCUUUAACUAUGCAGACAGUAGAAGAGGAAACACUGGCUUCAUGCUGCAGACAAGACUUGUGGUCCGGUUUUAAUAGCUGGCCUGAAGUAAAACUGACCCAUGAACAGCAAAGGAUUUUGAAUCACAAAAUUGAGGAUGGUCAAAUAGUGAAAAUUAUGGCGUUUGCAG